UAAAAAAUAAUCAAAAAUUAUCUUACACAUGAAAAUGGAAACGGAACAUGUGUGAGUUCAAUUUUUUUAGUUUUUUGCCCAUUUAAUCAAUUUUACUGAGUUUAUUCAAAUCCAAAUGAACCUAUUGUUAUAUUAGUAUUCAACUAUGCGCGAUAGAAAUAUUUUUGCCGAGUUACCGGUUGAAGAAAUACGAGAAAACAUCGUUCCAGUAAGUAAUUCAACUGAAUCACAUUCGAAGCGCAGUUCCAACAUUAAUAGAAGAGUUCGAAAGAUAAAACCUAAAAGCAGUAAUCCUAUUGAUAAAUUUAUUGAUCUAGAUUGUGUGAAUAUCAAAGAAUUUGAAAAAUUAUCGAUUGAUUCUCACGUAUCUGCAGAUCAAGAGAAUACCAUGAAGAAUGGUAAUAUUCCCAAGAAAUCCAAGCCUACCAUCGCUAAUAACCUGGCAAAUAUCAACCAUAAGAAAGCAACUGGUGCAGAUAAUUGGAAAGCCUUCUUAGAAAGUAAAGCAAAUGCGAAAGAUGCCUCAAAUGAUGAGUUUACUUUGAACAUUGGCUAUGAAGAUGAAUCUGACACAGUAAAAAAAACACACGUCGUCGCAAUGGACUGCGAAAUGGUUGGUAUAGGAGAAGAUAAAAAAGAAAACAUGUUAGCGAGAGUUUCCAUAGUUAAUUCAUUAGGCGAAUGUAUAUACGAUACGUUCGUGAAGCCAACAGCUACCAUAACUGAUUAUCGUACAGCUGUAAGCGGAGUAAGACCUUGCGAUUUAGUGAAUGCUGAAAAAUUCCCAGUUGUACAGAAAAAGGUAUUGGAAAUUCUCCGUGGCAAGGUAUUGGUAGGCCAUGCAGUUCAUAACGAUUUAAUCGUAUUGAAUAUUAGACACCCCAGACAUAAAACCAGAGAUACCUCUCGGUACAAGAAGUUUUAUCAAAUCGGCGUUGGAACUCCUAGUUUGAAAAAAUUGACGUCUCAUUUCUUAAAUGUUGACAUACAAACUGGCGAACACAAUUCAAUUCAAGAUGCUCAAGCUGCCAUGCAACUGUAUAUGUUAUGCCGUAAAGAAUGGGAAGCGGACGUUAAACAACAUAGGCAUGCUACUUUACGUAGUCGUUCAAUAAAAAAACCUAAAAAGACUCAUAAAACGAAGAAGAAACAUAGAAACUAUUGAAAUAGUGGUAUUGUUUUUAUCUUUAAUUAAAUGAAGAAUCAAGCUGAGUUUGUAUAAUAAUUACCUAUUUGUAUAUUUUCGUUAAUAUAUCAUUACCUACUUUAA